GGUAGGACAGUCUAUUUUUAGUUGGUGCAGGGAGGGAGAGGGGGAAGGACGGAGGAAGGGAAAACAAGAGAAGGUCCGGGCAGACGUGUCAUGGCAGGAACAAUCCAUUGGACCUCAUCCUUCACAAGUUAUUUUACUUGAUGUUGUGCGAAACAUGAACUGAAAUCACUGCUCUGUGAUUGUUACUGUGCACUGUACUGAAUGUGAGCCCACGCACCUCUUUGACCUAGCCCUGUAUGCGCCGGGCCUAUAGGAAGGUAUAGGAGAGGAGAGAGAGGGUGAAGACAGCACCUUGUCUUUACCCUGGAAGAGAGGAGGGGGGAACAAAGUCGAGUGGAUGAAGAGCACGAGGAGGGGGGAGUUAGGCUCCUCCACUCUCCCUCUAAGAGCAUUAACUGUAGAGUGUUCUGGUAGUGACAGGGCUGUCAGGGUCAGAUGGCUGCUCAGCCUGAUUAGAUGAGCUCACAGCAGAUUCUCAGUCCAGAAGAGUGCUGCAAUGCUACAGCGAGGUAGAGCCACGAGCCGACACGUACAGUAGAGACAUUGCAGUGGAUACCGAGAGGCCGGGAGGCGCGGGGAGAACUCGAUGAUACAGUGAGGCAUUGCAACAGGUUGUUGCACAAAGACUUCCUUUUCUGCCCGUUGACUGCCAGACAUUUCAGCUUCCAGAGGCAGAACAGACUAAGACCGAUCGACUUUUCUGUGACAAAGAGGCAGAAGAACCGAUAUUCAGCCAGGGGUUUGAGAUGACAUUGAAUAGCAGAGCGACUUGUCAUUGGAGCUGCUGCAGAAAACCUCCACUGUAGCUGUUGACUAGACAGACACAGAGAACCGCUGGUUGAUGGAGUUUGUGCGGCGGAGUGGUGACUACUGCCACGCCCAACACCUUUAGAGGCUACCUGGGAUGAAGCUGCAUCAUGCAAUCCUGCGGCCCUGAAACCUGAAAGACCAUCAGCCCUUACCCCUGUGAACCAGCCAGUCCAUGGGGUAACGCGUGGAGCCUCGACACUGGAAGCUCACUGGAGAGAGAAGGACAGAGAGAACUACUGAGGGACAAAGAGCGAAAGAGAGAAAGGCCGAAGCAGUGACAAUCAGAGCGAUAAAAAAAGAGAGACACUGUAGCAUCCUGGACUGAGGAGGAACUGAUGGAGUAGUAAUUGUAUCCAAGACAACCUCGGAAUUGAGAAAAACUUAGGAUAAAAGGAUUUAAAAAAAAGUAUCCCAACCAGAAGUUCACCAGGAGACACAAAGUCCAGAAUCACCUGAAGACCUGAUAUUAGCUGGAGGAGGUCAACCUGCGAUAUCAAAGGUCAUGCAGGCCAACAUGAACCGUCCAGCUCCGGUUGAACUGUGCCACAAGAACAUGAGAUUCCUCAUCACACACAACCCCACAGACAGCACACUCAGCUCCUUCAUAGAGGACCUGAAGCGCUUUGGAGCUACCACAGUUGUGCGCGUCUGUGAUACCACCUAUGACAAAACACCGCUGGAGAAAGACGGCAUCACUGUGGUGGAUUGGCCGUUUGAUGAUGGAGCCCCGCCCCCGGUGAAGCUGGUGGAUGAUUGGCUGAGUCUUCUGAAAAAGAAGUUCCAGGAGGAGCCAGGAUGCUGCGUGGCAGUUCACUGCGUGGCUGGGCUCGGGAGGGCUCCAGUGCUGGUUGCCCUGGCUCUGAUAGAGAGUGGGAUGAAGUAUGAAGAUGCUAUUCAACUCAUCAGACAGAAGCGCCGUGGAGCCAUCAACAGUAAACAGCUAACCUACCUGGAGAAAUAUCGAUCCAAGCACAGACUCCGGUUUAAAGACUCUCAUGCACAAAAGAACAAAUGUUGCACAAUGUGAACGCACACAUUCACAAACAAACAAACAGAUAUCUUGUGGUACUCGACAAAUGCUCUCAGGAAACCAUAGAAGCCUUGUGUCACCGUCAAAAAUAAUUAUUUCGGUCUACAGGCUUGACUGGCCCCAGUUUUAAAAGAACCCAUCUUUGUUCCCUUGUUUGUGAUGAUCUCGAUAUUCAUUUAUUGGAAGGUUUUCGUCACAAUAUAUUCAAGAUUUGAGAGGUAUAUUUUAGAAAAAAGUGAUGGAAAAGAUGGGAGGGGGAAACAAAAUAAAAUAAAUAUUACUUUUUGUAAUUGACACAAAAUACACAAAGAUGUUUUGGGGAUUGUUUUCAUAAAACAAGUCCUUAGGGUCCUCCUCGAAACAGAUUUGGUGUAGUUGAUUUAAUACUAUGGCCUUCAAAACCUUAAAUCAAACCGUAUAUUUUGAAAAAAUACCAUUGAAUUUUAAUAUUUUGUACUGAUAUUCAAUACAUUUAAACUUCACCAUGAUCAAAGUAUGAAAAAACAUGCAGUAUUUCCUUGUUUGUUUCUUUUUUAAUUGUUUUAUGUGUGAAAAACACUAACAAAGAGUUAAAAUCCUAACACACAGAAAGACAGGAUUAAAAUCAGUUAAGUAGCUCAGUGUUUUUAUUGAGAAAGAAUGUAAAUGAUUUCUCUAAGAUUCUGUAUACUUUAUUUUACAUUAUUCCUGUUGGUGUCUUUUCUCAGUGUGACUGCAGAUAUAAGAGCUCAUUUCAAUGCCAGAAUUGUAUGCCAUUUGGAUACAGACAAAAUUAAAAUCUAGUUUAAAAGUGCUAAAUGAAGAAAUUUGGUAGACAUAAAGCCUCUAUUUGGUUUUGCUACAGUUUCGGCAUUAGUUCAUUGUGCUUUUGUUAUGUGUUUACAUAUCUGUGUGCAUUAUAUUAUGCUCUGUUUGCUGACACCUGCAAAAGGAAACAUCUUUGUCAGAAGCAGCUGAUUUGAAGUAAGGUUUAAAGUACAUAUGCGUUAUUAAAAAAUGAAAUCUUAAUAGUUCACCUGUAAUGACCCAUUACACAUACGGGGGGAUGGAAGCUAGUUGUAAAUAAUAUUAUAAAUAAUAUUAAAUAAGUUAUCGAUUUUAUUCUCCUAAAAGUCAGGGUUAAACAUUCUAAUUUGUUAAAUACAAAAAGUUUUAGAGGAAUUGAUAUUAUCGCAGUUAUAUAUUCUUUUUUAAUCUUUUAUUGUCAGGGGGUAAUUUUAAAUGGAUCCUCCAUUAAAGAUUCAGUCUCAUUAUUAAUCCACAGAUGAUGUAUGGGUAAAACCAUAUCACUAAUAAUGCUGGGCAUCAUUUAGACUAGGUUCCGGAAUAUUGCACAUAUUUUCUUGUACGGUGGUUUUUAUUCAAUUGUAUUGAUCCUGAAUUAGGUGUGUAACCAAUGGAUUCAGUCUUUGCCUACGAUGGAGCAUACACCUUUUAUGGAUUAGUCAAUUGAUUGUGAUAGUCUCCUCAUCAUCUGAUAUCAUGAACCAUCAUUUCAACAAUAAUUUGUAAGAAAGAAACUUAACCAGGGGGUUAAUAAUUGAAGAAAAGAAGCAGAGAGGAAAGAUAAUGUUCCAUCGUUACCUGAAAGUUUAACAGAUUGGCUGCAGUUCACUUGUGUGCGUGUGUUCAUUUUACAAUGCGUGUGUGUUUGUAGCCUUGAGCCAUUGUUAAUCGUUGGGACUGGCCGGAGCUGAAACUUUUUAUGUAUAAAACAAUUACUGUAAAUGUCUGUAUGUUUGUAAAUGAUUGCACUGUUUAAUAAAGGGUUUGUUACUGUC